UGACGACCUAGAUUCCGCGACGUUUUCGUCAGUUUUCGGGGACCUGUGCUCAGUGGGUGUUCGCAGAAGGUAACAUCAUGGCGUCAGGAGCAGGAGAGCCGUCCGCUGGACACGACGCAGAACUGGACGAGUUAUUGGACAGUGCGUUGGAUGACUUUGACAAGACAUCGGCCCCUGCGGCCCCUGAACCUGCAGCUGCUUCCUCCUCAGCCAACAGUGGUGCAGAGAAGCCACCCCUCCUUGAGGACUGCAAGCUCUUCGAGAGUCUCUUUGAGGGGGAAAUGGCUGCUCAAGCCAAGGAGGAGUGGGAGAAGGCCAUGACGGAGCUGGCCCAGGAGGAGCCAGAGUUACUCCAGCACUUCCAAAAGCUGUCAGAGGCUGCAGGCAAAGUUGGCAGUGACACCGCCUCCCAACAAGAAUUCACUUCCUGUCUUAAAGAAACCCUCCGUGGCCUGGCCAAAAAUGCAGACAACCUUCAGUCAACAGGACUAGCUGGGGACGAUCUUGUCAAGGCUCUAGAAGGCCUCGGAUUGGAUGAGGGUGGCGAAGGAGGUGGCGAGGACGGAAACAUUCUGCCCAUCAUGCAGUCCAUCAUGCAGAAUCUUCUCUCUAAGGAAGUGCUUUAUCCAUCUCUCAAAGAGAUCACUGCCAAGUACCCAGAGUGGUUGGAUACCAACAAGCCAAGCCUUAGCCCAGAGGACUACCAGCGCUAUGAACAGCAGGCCAACAUUAUGGGAGAGAUCUGUAAGCAGUUUGAGAAGGAGGAGCAGGCGCCAGAGGAUAAAGAGAGCACGUUCGAGAGCAUCAUGGACCUGAUGCAAAAGCUGCAAGACCUGGGCCAACCACCCAAAGAGCUAGCAGGCGAUGCGCCUCCCGGAUUUAACUUUGACAUGGAGUCACUCAACCUCCCUGGAGGGCCGGGGGCCGGGGCGGCAGAGCAGUGCUCCAUCAUGUGAUGAGGUAGCGGCGCAGUCCCAUCAGAAGCACUGGAGCCAGAGGAUCACUCUGUGUGCGUCAGCAAUGAAGAAGAAGUGAGGAAAGGGGUGACAGAAGCAGAGGUCGGGCAGGAGUGUGACCAGACCGACGACACUGUUCUCCCUUAAGCAGAAGGUGUGUGGAUGGCAGCAACAUCAGGAGGAGGCACGAAAACCACCAGGAACCACACACACAAACACACUCUCUUCUCUGUAAAAAUCACUGCAACGCACAACUGAGAACAUCUUCACAUCUCUGCAUUAGUUUUUCAGCGGUUGCUACAGCUCCUCCAUGGUUUAGGUUUAACAGCAUUCCUUUAAAAAAAAAAAAAAGAAAAAUACCACUGCUGUUUUCCAUAUUGUUUUUACAUACUGUUUAGCCUCAUGGUAAAAUCUAUCAAACCACCUCACGGGUAUAAACGGUGCCUUUGCAAAAUGACUUUAAGUUAUUAUUUUAGGUCUCAUAAUUAAGUGAAUAUUCUGCUAUCACUCAGCUCAGCACCUCAGAUCAUAGUUUUAAAGUAGUGUUUAAGAGUUUGCAAAGAUCAUCCAAGGUUUACACCAAGCUAGUGAUCAUUCUAUGGUAUUUAACACACCUCUGUCUCUGUGCAGGCUGGACAGGAUUUGACUUAACAAGUUGAUGAUUUAUUAAUGUGUAAAGAAACUGGAAAGAAAAAAAAAAAGAGUGUACAUUUGUUAAUUAUUUAAAUAAUUAAAAAGACUAAAGAAGAUUGAAGACCUCAUGAGAAGUUCCCAGCACUUACUGUAAUUCAUCCAACUAAUAUAACAAGACCCAUACCCUGAGUGUUAUUCCCCAUUCCCAGGUGUUGAUUUGAAGUGUUUGAGAUGAUGAUUCCCGGAUGCCUUUGCUGUGGUUACAGUGAUCAUUAUAGUGUAGAGUUACUGUGCAAAGUGCUUCCCUUGUGAUUCCCCGUGUUUUUAAUGUGCUGAGUGGUGUUUUCUUUGGUAUGGGGUCCCUGGUAGGAAAGAAAAACACUUGAGUGGUAUUCAGGAGUGUUUACCACCUGAUAGCAUAUGCGUAUAUCCUCUGUACCCUCCAUUAAAAGUACAUAUUGUUCUUUCCAGAAAAGCUGACAGGCAGAGGAAGAGAAACAUGUCUAUAAUUGAUGCAGAUGCACUGUUGGGUAAGGACAUCAACAGCCUCUUGAUAGCACAUUUUGGCUGUGGUCGGUUGGUUUGUUUACUCCAACGGCCAGUUUUCACCGGCCGCUAUCGCCAGUGAACAAAAGCUUACCGCAGUCACUACAGAGAGGUCUAGAAAUCACACGACCAUCAGCUCAUCAACAACUGUAUAAUAAAGGGGUACUACUGUGAAAGGAUUCAGUCAGCCAUGCACUGAAAAGAGAUCAAAUUUACAUCAAACACAGCUGAGGGGAGGCUGCGGUGGAGGUCCAUAGCGGGGGGUGCAAUCGUUUCAACUCUCAGGGCCAAUGCAAACAUGCCCAGAGCACCGUUACAAAAAUGCAGCCUGUCAUUUGACACUAUUUUGUUUUGUUUUUGUAAAUAUAUGAAAUAAAAUAAUGAUAUAUUGCAAAUUGA